AGCUUUGCCUCGUUCACUCGUCGUCCGGCGCGCGUCCGUUACAGGAGUCAGUCUCUCCUUAUCCUCUUGCAAUCCGAUCUCACACACCCAACACAUAAUAAUGGCUAAUCUUGCGGACCCCGUGGCUUUUGCCAAGGAUUUUAUCGCCGGUGGAGUCGCCGCUGCCAUCUCGAAAACCGCUGUCGCUCCCAUCGAGCGUGUCAAGCUUCUGCUUCAAGUCCAGCACAUCUCGAAGCAGAUCGCUGCUGACCAGCGUUACAAGGGUAUGAUCGAUUGCUUCGUCCGCAUCCCACGAGAACAAGGAUUCCUCAGUUUCUGGCGUGGUAACUUCGCCAACGUAAUUCGUUACUUCCCCACCCAAGCCCUGAACUUCGCCUUCAAGGACAAAUACAAGCAGAUCUUCCUUGGGGGUGUUGACAAGCACACCCAGUUCUGGCGUUACUUCGCAGGAAAUUUGGCAUCUGGUGGUGCUGCCGGUGCCACUUCCCUCUGCUUUGUCUACCCCCUAGAUUUCGCCAGAACCAGGUUGGCCGCCGAUGUCGGCAAAGCUGGAGGUACCCGAGAAUUUACCGGUCUCGGAAACUGCCUGACCAAGAUCUUCAAGGCUGAUGGUCUAGCCGGUCUCUACCGUGGUUUCGGGGUAUCCGUACAGGGUAUCAUAAUCUACCGUGCUUCAUACUUCGGCUUUUACGAUACCGCCCGUGGUAUGCUUCCCGACCCGAAGAAAACUCCAUUCCUGGUCUCCUGGGGUAUCGCGCAGUGCGUAACCACCGUUGCUGGAAUCAUUUCCUACCCCUUCGACACCGUGCGUAGGCGUAUGAUGAUGCAGUCCGGUCGUGCCAAGGCCGAGAUUCUCUACAAGAGCACAGCUCACUGCUGGGCAACCAUUUACAAGACCGAGGGUGGCGGUGCUUUCUUCAAGGGAGCAUUCUCAAACGUUCUCCGUGGUACUGGUGGUGCCCUUGUACUCGUAUUAUACGACGAAAUCAAGAACCUGCUUUAAAUCGCGAAAGCAACGUCAAAUCCCUUCCCCCAAUGUCACCUUGUCCUCUCCACCAUCCAGUAUAUUAAAGGAAACACCCACACAGCGUCCAUCCUAUUCCUCACACUGCCUGCUACCGGUAGCGGCCGGUUAGGAUCGGAUAGUUGGCAAUUUCAUGAAUAACUUUGGCCAAAUGGAUAAGGAUAAAACAAUAGCUAGGGAAGCUGAUUGAUGGAACGUUAUCAUCAACAUUGAAUUAUUAUAACAACAGAAACACAUAAUUGAGAAAUAAGAAUGAAAUGAGAUCGUGCAGCAAAGAAUAAACUUGUAGAAAAAUAAGAAAAAAAAUGCUCGUAAUUUGGCAUCUACGUAUUCUACGGAUAGAAUGGCAUUGUUUAAUUUAUUGCUGAAUUCAACGUUUUUUUUUCUUAUUGCUUCUCGACAGUUUUCUGCUUAUACGUUUGAAGAUAUUUGUGAAAUUGAUAGGCAUAUAAAUAAUAAAGGUAUUACGUAUAUACACGUCAUAUAUUACCUGGAAACAAUGUAAAACGAAAACGAAGCAAAACGUUCCGAGUAGGCACGCGAAAGUGGAUGACGAUCGGGAACCUAGCAGCGUCAACGCGAAAACAUUCGAUCAAGAUGCGAGAGGGACGCGCGUCGAAAGUUUUGAUACGAUGACGACGCUGGCGGGGUGCGUAGACCAGGGCCGCCCCCGCCCUUAUCCUCGGCCCAUUGUAGAUAAUUAAUAAAUAAUGAUAAUUAAAUGAGUAACAGAAGAAGAUUAAAAAAAAAGUAUCAUGUAAUGAUAUCAGUAAUAAUUUACCAUUGAGAAGGAUAAUUUAAUUUCACGCGACAGACGACUCCAUGUAAGAUAAACGUUGAUAAGAAAUGCGUGUAUGCAUCUAUUCUGUUCAUGUUAGGAUGUAUGCAGCGUAACAGCAACUCAAUAAAAACUAAUAAAACGAA